AUGGAACGACUUGUGUUUGAAGAUGUACAACAGCAAUUGAGACAAUCCAGUACUGACUUGUCACGAUGGAAGCUAUUUCAAAGCUCCAAAUGGUCGGCAGAGGCUUUGAUGGGAAUGAGGCCUACAGAUUCGGAAGAUUCUCUUAGUGCUGAUAUGUCCUUAGCGACUGAUGGUGACGAUGAAUCGCCAUUGAAAAAGAGGCAAAUACUUUCGUCCCGUUGUGUACUCUUGGAUUUUUGUGAUAACGAAAAUCAGUCUGAAACGUUACCGGAUGUUAUUCCCUUAAUGGGUAAGGAAUUAGACCUGUACUUAUUGGCAUCAUCGAUGUUUGAUUGUAAAGAAUAUGAUCGCUGUGCAUUUUUCCUCAAGGAUACUUCACAUGAUGGUCUCGAAUUCCUAUAUCUAUAUAGCAGAUAUCUUUUGUGGGAUAAGAAAGUCACAGAAUCUACGGAAGAUGUCAUGAUUAAAGAUCCAGAGAUAUUCUCAGCGGACCUUUCCGAAUCCUUGCAGGCGGCUGAGUACGGAAACGAUGCUGAAGGGAAAUGUCGAUCUGGGAUAUCGCUCUCGAAUCGGGACGUGGAUGUAGGAAACGGGGAAAAGAUUAAUUUACCCAAAUUACAUCACGAAAUAACAGACUUCCUUGAAAAGAACAAAUCACUGUCAAAGUUAGGUACGGCAUUACUUAUGUAUCUAUUGGGAAUUAUACAGAAGAAGCAAGGGGUACCGAGUGGUGCAAUGAGUUAUUUCCUAAAAUCCCUAAAACUUUACCCAUAUAAUUGGACAUGUUGGUGCGAAUUAUUAUCUUGCAUAUCAAGAACAGACGAAUCGAUACUUCUUCUAAAAUACCUUAAUGAUAAUUUUUCAAUAGUCAAAGAAAAUGGGAUUAUCCAUGAACAUCUUAUGUUACGUUUCUUUAAAUUAGCAGUGUUCAAAGAAUUCGGAGGCGACUUCGACAAAUACAUCGAAGAGUUGGGAGAAAUAAUGAAGGUUUUCCCGAAUUUCUCAUUUUUAAGAGCCCAACAUGCAUUGAUUAACUACAAAUAUAUGGAUUACGCUAAUGCAGAAAUAGUCUUUGAUGAGUUGGUCACAAUGGAUCCAUAUAGGCUUGAUGAUUUGGACACAUAUUCUAACGUAUUGUAUGUCCUGCAAAAACCUUAUAAACUCGCAUACUUGGCACAAUAUGCUGCGAAUGUUGACAUAUAUAGACCAGAAACAUGUUGCAUAAUUGCCAAUUACUUUAGUUCAAAACAACAGCAUGAAAAAUCUAUCCUAUAUUUUAGAAGAGCAUUAAUGCUUGAUAAAUCUUACACUCAUGCCUGGAUCUUGAUGGGGCAUGAGUUCAUCGAGAUGAAAAACUCACAUGCUGCCAUUGAAUGCUAUAGAAGAGCUUCCGAUGUGAACCCAAGAGAUUUCCAGGCUUGGUACGGAUUAGGACAAGCAUAUGAAGUUUUAGAUAAACAUUCCUUUGCUUUGUACUAUUUCCAAAAGGCAUGCGCUUUGAAGCCAUUGGAUAAAAGAAUGUGGUUUGCGUCUGCAUCCUGUUACGAAAAAUUAGAUAAAACGGUACAAGCAAUCAAGUGUUUCCAGCGUUCAUCCCAAUUAUCAGGUGAACAGGAUAUAUCUAUUCUUUACAGGUUGGCAAAGCUACAUGAAAAGAACAACGACGUUUCAUCUUGUAAACAUUAUAUGGCCAAGUGCGUUGAACUUGAUGAGGUUAAGAAGGCUCAACAAAUAGACGAAAUUGGCAAAGCUAAACUCUGGCUCGCGAAACAUGAAUUUAAACACAGAAACUAUUCAGAUGCUUACAACUAUGCAAAUGGUGUUAUACACGGUACUUCUCAGGAGAUUGAAGAAGCAAGGGCAAUUCUGGCAGAAUGUAGGAAACGUAUAGAUAUUUAA